UCACGUGGGCCCCUCCUCUCCUGGGCUGGAAACCCGGGGAGGCCGCAACAAGUCGGGUGAGGACUGCGGGUACUGCUGGGUCAGGUCCCCGUCACAGCUGCCCAGACUCAGGGGGACAGUCUUGGCUGGAGUGACAGGACAGGUCUCCCUCUCCUUACCCCACUUUGUGUCAGGCUUCAGAAGCUGGCGUGACUUCCCACCCCCACCUGCCGAGUCAGAGGUGGCAGCCACAGCCCCCUCGGGGACCCCAGCAACCAUGGCUUCCUGCCCAGACUCUGACAACAGCUGGGUGCUUGCCGGCUCAGAGCACCCCCUCCCCCAGGCCCUGCCCGUGGAGACCUUGGGCCCGGAAUCCAGGAUGGACCCAGAACCCGGGAAAGCUCCCCAGGCCCCUCGGAGCCACUUCGAGGCAGCUUCUGAUGAACUAGCUGGGGCCGUGAGUGGAGAAGAGACCCCCUUCCAGACUGAAAGUCCCCAGUGCGGUCCCCUUCUGCCAGAGAAGACCGAGGCCAAGGGUGUCCUGGAAGGUGACGCUUCUGCCACGAAGCCCUCCGGCCUGGGAGACGUGGUGGUCCAGAGAGACUUGGAGGAGGCCCCUGUGGUGGCAGGCCCAGAAGACACACAAGACACGCAGGACCCGGAGGGUCACAGCCCCCCACAGAGCCUGCCCUCAUCUCCCAACGCAGCCUGGCCCGUGGAGGAGGCCCCCCGCUCCAGCAGUGAGGACGACACAGACGUGGAGGCGGAGGGGCUGCGGAGGCGGCGGGGCCGGGAGCCCAGCACCCCCCGGCCCGUGGCGGCCCUGGGCGUGGAGGGCCAGGCCCGCGGCGAGGGCGCGGGCGGGGAGCCGGGCCUCUCCCCCAACAUGUGUCUCCUUGGGGCCCUGGUUCUGCUGGGCCUGGGAAUCCUGCUCUUCUGCGGCGGCCUCUCGGAGUUUGACAGCGGACCCACGGAGGAAGCACAGCCGCAGGCCUUCCCAGACACCGGCUCGGAUGCGGAGGAUGGACUGGGGCAGCCGCUGCAGGCCUCAGCACCCCCCGACAGGGUGCCCAGCCUGCAGAGCAUGGCCCUCCUGCUGGACAAGCUGGCCAAGGAGAACCAGGACAUUCGGCUGCUUCAGGCCCAGCUCCAGGCCCAGAAGGAGGAGCUUCAGAGCCUGGUGCGCCAGCCCCGAGAGCUGGAAGAGGAGAACGCGCGGCUGCGGGGGGCCCUGCGGCGGGGCGAGGCCGCCCAGCGCACCCUGGAGUCCGAGCUGCAGCGGCUGCGGGCCGGCUGCGUGCGGGGCCCAGACGGGGUGUGCGUCCCCUGGAGCGGAGGCCCUCUGGGCGGCGGGGUCUCCGGGGAGUGGGAGCCGGGCCCUGGCCUCCCUGAGCAGCAGGAACGGCUGGAGGCGGAGGCCCAGGCAUUAAGGCGCGAGUUGGAGAGGCAGCGGCGGCUGCUGGGGGCGGUGCGGCAGGACCUGGAGCAGAGCUUGAGCGGUGCGGGCCGAGGGGACCUGGCCGAGCUGGGCCGCAGACUGGCCCAGAAGCUGCAGGGCCUGGAGAAGUGGGGCCAGCACCCCGGGGUCGGUGCCAACGCCUCAGAGGCCGGGCACCGGGAGCCCCGCUUCCAGAGUCCCAGGGAGUGGAGUGCAGAGGAGAAGCGGCGGGGUGGGCAGGGGGACCGGAGCGCUGAGCCCCGGAGGCACAAGAAGGAGGGGUCUGGUCGGGAGAGAAAGAACUGGGGGGGUGAGGGCCGGGAGGUGGCAGAGGGCUGGGGGGAGGGCAAGCCGCAGGGGGCGGAGUGGGGCAGCAGGAAGGACGCCAGGCGGCAGGGCCCUGAGGAGCGCCCUAGGAGGAGUGGGAGCCCUCACCCCCCCGGGGGGCAGCGGCACCCUCAGCGGGAGGAGGGCGCUAGCGACGGGCGAGGCCGCCCGGCACCGGCACCGGCACCGGCACCGGCACCGUGGGCCGAGCUAUUGAGGCGCAAGUACCGGGCCCCGCAGGGCUGCUCAGGCGUGCGCGAGUGUGCCCGGCAGGAGGGCCUGGCCUUCGGGGCAGAGCUGGCCCCGGUGCGGCGACAGGAGCUGGCGUCUCUGCUGACCACUUACCUGGCACGGCUGCCCUGGGCCGGGCAGCUGACCCAGGAGCUGCCGCUCUCGCCCGCUUACUUUGGGGAGGAUGGCAUCUUCCGCCAUGACCGCCUCCGCUUCCGGGACUUUGUGGAUGCCUUGGAGGACAGCCUGGAGGAGGUGGCGGUGAGGCAGACGGGUGACGACGAUGAGGUGGAUGACUUUGAGGGCUUCAUCUUCAGCCACUUCUUUGGAGACAAAGCACUGAAGAAGAGGUCAGGGAAGAAGGACAGACACUUCCGGAGCCCGGGGAGGGGCUGAGGCCCGGGGUCCCCUGACCCCGGGGACCGUUGAACUGUCGUCUUCUCCGGCUCCCUAGGAGAGUCACCCGGCCUUGCACUGAUGCCACUGUUGCCAAGAAAAGGCUUUAGCUGGACCUGCCUUGCUGUUUAUGCAAAUAUAUGCAAAUGAUUGGGGGGCCAGCAGGGGGGGGGCGUGGGGGGACAGGAAUCUGAUUCUGCAGCCAGAGAGCCUUGGUGCGUGCGUGUGCCCCCAGAGGGGCCCCUUGGCUGCACACACUGGCCUGUGCCCCCUGGGAUGGAGGCCCAGCACCAGGGCUUUCCCUGGGGUUUUGUUACAUUUGAAAGCGGCAGCCCCCGGGGACUGAAGUCUCCUUCUGCCUCCUCCCCGGCCCCACCUCAUGGGAACUGAAGACUCAGCCCCAGGAAACGCUGUUGGGGCUGUGCUGUCGGCUGGGGGCUCCGUCACUGGGCUGGCGUGUAAGCACAGGGGACCCCACACCCACCUUGUCCCCACCUCAUCCUCCCCACCCGCCUCCGGCCCUCAGGGCCGGAGCUCACAGCUGCCGAGGGCCAUGGGUUCCCGAGGGUGAGCCUUGGGCCCCCGUCCCGGCCGAGAGAUCUCGGCAGGUUAAUUUCUGGGAACCUUGGGUUUCUGAUCCUCAAACAAAGGGACUGGGGGGCUGGGGAGAGAUUACAUAAAGCAAUGUAAGCAAAA